UGUGGUUGUGUUAGUGACAGUUGUGGAUUAACAAUCAACAUGAACGGCAACAGUGUGUCCAAUGGGAACGGGAACCAUUACGAUGUAGAGGCAGAGAAAACACCGAAUUAUUCUAACAGAAAAAUCAUGAAACCUAAACUGACGGGGGUGGCUACGAUUUUGCUGACUGUGAUAUGUUUUCCAAUAAUUUCGAAAGCGGAAGCAAUGUCUGCGAUCGCCAAAGAUCUCAUGACGAAGAUCGCCGAGCCAUCACAAAGCUCCGGCAACAAAAUAACUGUCGUCGGAGUAGGACAAGUGGGCAUGGCUUGCGCCUUCAGCAUUCUCACACAGUAUGUGACUGAUGAGAUAGCUCUAGUGGAUGUGAUGGGAGACAAGGUCAAAGGAGAGUUGAUGGACCUUCAACAUGGCGCAUGUUUCAUGAGGAGUCCCAAGAUAGAAGCUAGCACAGACUAUGAAAUCACAGCAAACUCCAAGAUUUGCAUUGUGACUGCCGGCGUUAGACAAAAGGAGGGGGAGAGCCGACUCAACCUGGUCCAGCGGAACUUGGAUAUCUUCAAACAUAUCAUCCCUCAGUUGGUCAAAUACAGCCCCAACACAAUCCUGCUGAUUGUCAGCAAUCCAGUUGACAUUUUGACUUACGUUGCUUGGAAGUUGAGCGGUUUGCCCAAGAACAGAGUGAUUGGAUCAGGAACCAACCUCGACACAUCGAGACUCAGAUUUCUGGUGUCUCAAAAACUAAACCUGUCAGUUGAGAGUUGUCAUGGAUGGAUCAUCGGAGAGCAUGGAGACUCAAGUGUUCCCGUCUGGUCUGGUGUAAACGUUGCUGGAGUGAGGUUAAAAGAUCUCAACCAACACGUCGGAACCGAUAGCGACAGCGACAGCUUCGGAAAAAUACACAAACAAGUGGUGGAUAGUGCCUAUGAAAUCAUCAAGCUGAAGGGUUAUACUUCAUGGGCAAUCGGACUAAGUGUUGCCAAGCUUUGUCAGUCAAUUCUCCACAACACUCACACAGUACACGCAGUCUCUACAGAUGUUAAGGGAUUCCACGGAAUCGACCACAACGUCUUCCUAUCUUUACCGUGUGUCCUUGGUGAAAGCGGAGUGUCCCAUGUUGUGAAACAACCUUUGAACCAAGUAGAGCAACAACAGCUGCACAAGUCUGCAGAGACGAUAAACCAGGUCUUGCAAGGAUUGAAGUUUUAAUUAUAUUUGUAAGAAUAACUAAGUGGCUGAUGGUGUUUUAAGGGAUAGGGUGCAGCUACCUUUCUAGACAAAUUUUAGAAUUCAGGGGCAGAUAGAUAAGUAAUACAGGUUA